UAGUAUUAUCAAACAAUAUCUUUUGUAUCUUGACAGAGAGGACAGAUGGAGACACCUAAAGAGCUCUUGGACACUUUGGAGGAGUUGGGGGAUGACCAGUUAAAAAAAUUCAAGUGGUUUUUGCAGAAGCAAGAGUACCUAGAAGGCUUCCCAGCAAUCCCAAGGAGUCGACUGGAGAAUGCAGACCGGAUGGACACAGUGGAUCAGAUGGUCGAGAAAUACAGCAGAGACACUAUGAAAGUGACCGAAAUAGUUUUAGUGAAGAUGCGUGAGAAUGUUCUAGAGAAGAGUUUAUCAAACACCAAAUCAGAACCCAAAGAUAUUACUGAGUGUCAGCGGAAACUCAAAUCCAACUUUCACAAGAAGUUCCAGAGUGUGUUUGAGGGAAUCGCUAAAGCAGGAAACCCAACCCUUCUGAAUGAUAUCUACACAGAGCUCUACAUCACAGAGGGAGGGACUGCAGAGGUCAAUGAUGAACAUGAGGUCAGACAGAUUGAAACAGCAUCCAGCAAACCAGACAGACCAGAAAAAACCAUCAGACAAGAAGACAUCUUUAAAGCCUCACCUGGAGGAGAGGAACCAAUCAGAACAGUGAUGACAAAGGGAGUGGCUGGCAUUGGGAAAACAGUCUUAACACAGAAGUUCACUCUGGACUGGGCUGAAGGCAAAGCCAACCAGGACAUACAGUUCAUCUUUCCAUUCACCUUCAGAGAGCUGAAUGUGCUGAAAGAGAAAAAGUACAGCUUGGUGGAACUUGUUCAUCACUUCUUCAGUGAAGCCAAAGAAGCAGGAAUCUGCAGCUUUGAAGAGUUCCUGGUUCUGUUCAUCUUUGACGGUCUGGAUGAGUUUCGACUUCCUCUGGACUUCAACAACACUGAGAUCCUGACUGAUGUUACAGAGUCCACCUCAGUGGAUGUGCUGCUGACAAACCUCAUCAGGGGGAAACUGCUUCCCUCUGCUCGCCUCUGGAUAACCACACGACCUGCAGCAGCCAAUCAGAUCCCUCCUGAGUGUGUUGACAUGGUGACAGAGGUAAGAGGGUUCACUGACCCACAGAAGGAAGAGUACUUCAGCAAGAGAUUCAGUGAUGAGGAGCAGGCCAGCAGGAUCAUCUCCCACAUCAAGACCUCACGAAGCAUCCAC